CUGAAUGCGAUAGGAGAGCCAGAGGAAGAAGGGGAGGGAGACGAGGUCUUCAAUACUUCAAUUUAAAGAGCGAAAGAGAGAGAAAGCAGUUAUACUUUGUAUAACAUGGACAGCAAAAAUACAGGUGUGAAGGUGUUUGUAAGAAUCAGGACAACAGCUAAUUUUGCCACAGAUAUGAUUGAGUGCUUCUCUGACAAUGAGACGAUUAAAAUUCACACCAGACCAGACCAGCGUAAAGAGGUAGCCAACAAUCAACAUUGCAACUGGUUAUUCAAAGUAGAUGAAAUUCUUCAUGAUGUGCCUCAAGAUGUUGUGUAUAAUGCCGUUGCAAAGAAAGCAGUCUCCAGCAUGAUUAAUGGCUUCAGCAGUACAAUAAUGUGUUAUGGACAAACAGGGGCAGGAAAAACUUACACAAUGACUGGAGCUACAGAGAAAUAUGAGUACCGUGGCAUCAUUCCCAGGGCAAUUCAACAGAUUUUUAAAGAGGUGGAAGAACAAGCAGACCUUGCCCUCACCUUAUAUGUUUCUUACUUGGAGAUUUAUAAUGAAACUCUCUUUGACCUGCUGUCCAUGAUGCCUGACAGCCCAACAUCUGAUACACACAUGUCAAUAGUAGAGGACGACCAUGGUGUACGUAUCAAAGGACUUUCCAUCCAUUUGGUCACCAAUGAGGAAGAUGCCCUGAACUAUUUGUUUGAGGGCGAAACCAACAGAAUUAUUGCAUCCCAUUCAAUGAAUACGAACUCUUCCAGAUCUCACUGCAUCUUUACAAUAUAUGUUGAGACCCGAUGGAAGGAGGCUUCAGAAGUCAAGUACUUGACCUCAAAACUCAACAUGGUGGAUCUUGCAGGUUCUGAACGUUUAGGAAAGACAGGAUCUGAAGGACAAGUGAUGCGAGAAGCUAUGUACAUCAAUAAGUCACUCUCCUUCCUUGAGCAGACCAUUAUUGCUCUUACUGAUUCCAAGAGAGAACAUAUUCCAUUUAGACAGAGCAAACUCACACAUGUACUGAAGGAUUCCAUAGGUGGAACCUGCAACACAAUCUUGGUAGCAAAUAUCUAUGGAGAGGCUGCUCAAAUUGAGGAAACGUUAUCUACACUCCGGUUUGCAUCAAGAAUGAAGUGUAUACCAGCUGAACCAGUUGCUAAUGUACAUAGUGACCCUAUGAAACUAAUUCAGAAACUUCAGCAUGACAUCCAGGUGCUUCAGGAUGAGCUGGCUAUGUAUAAUAUACUGGCUAACCGUCGACAAGUCAGCUAUGAAACUUUAACUGUAAAUCAGGUUCAAGACAUCAAAACUCAAGUCUGUAGGUACUUAGAUGGAACAAUAGAAGAAAUUAAUAUUACAAAUGUCAGGCAACUCCGUGAGUCCUUUGCGCAAUUCAAGAUUAUUUUGCAGCAACAGGAACAGGACAUUGAGGCUGCAUUGCGGAGGAAGUACAUCCUCAUUGAUAAAACUAAUAAAGCUUCAGGCCUUGCACAAGAUCUGGUGGAGCACAGGAUAUCUGAAGAAUCCCACGUUGGACUCCUUAGUGGAGAAGGGUUUGGAAUUGGAAUUGCUCCUACAUCAGCUAAAGCUAAGAAAUUAAAAAAUAAAAAGAACAAAGAAAUAACUGGCUCUACCAAGAAGGAACGUGAAAUGAUAGCCCAAGCAAAAGAACCUGUUCCUGAUGUUCCUGCAAAACUUAUAGCACAGAGAGAGCAAGAGGUAGCUGGUGCUGAGUCUGCACUAUCAGAAUCAAUUGUUAAAGUGGAAGAGAUCGAACCUAGCACUCCUCCACAGAAGUCAGUGAUGUUUGAGAUGUUCAAAGCAGAGAAAGGACGUGAGAUUAAUCGAAUUCUUAUUGAGAAUAAAAGUAUUCUCAUUGAAAAGAGGAAGAGCAUGAAGGAGCUGACUGAGCGAAUCAACAACACCAAGGAAGAGAUUGACAUCACUAAGCGGUCACUCAACAUCAAGAAACGGGAGAAACAAGAUCAAGGUGAAUACAUGAAUGAACAAGAUGAACCUAUAGUUGAUGAAGAUGAGUUCAACCUGAUCAUUCAGUUAAAGGAUCUGAAACAGCAGUACCGACAGGAUUUUGAUGUAUUGCAAGACCUGCGAGUGGAGGUGCAGUACUGCCAGAAGCUGGUAGAUCAAUGCAGGCUGCGGCUGCUGACUGAGUUUGAUAUUUGGUACAACGAAUCCUUUCUGAUUUCCAGUGAAGCUCAACUCGCACCACAAAUAGAUAACAUUCGGCCAGGGUUGGUCCCCUUUACCAGAAUGAUAUCUUUGGAAGAAGAUGAUAAAGAGAAAUUCCAGCGCAUCCAACAUGAAAUCCUGAUGUUGAAUCCAGAGUCAGUGUCAUUUUACAAAGCACAAAUGAAGCUGGAACAACGGCACAAUUAUACCAAAGCCAUGGGGCAGUCCCAACCGAUAACCAUAAAGAAGAAACCAGGAAUGAUCACCUCAACUAUCAAGAACAAGCCACCCUCCAAUCUUCAAUGUCAUUAAAUUCCAAGUUACAAGAAAAAAAGUGACCAAAAGGAACCCAGUCAUGUCUUCUGCAUGAAGAAUAUAUUAUUUAGUUUUGAG